GACGUUACGAGCAGUUUGUGUGUCAUUCAUGUGACUGACAGUCAGUGACAGACACUGCUAUUAGCCAUCACUUGGACAUCACUUGGACAUCACUUGGACAUCAUCUGCAUAUCAUAUACCAUGCAUUCAACCCAUCAAUUGGUUGUCCACUCAUUGAGAGGCCAACCGUUGAUAACUCAUUGCAAAUACUAUUCAAUGUUUACAACGAAAUCAAAGCAAACCAUUGACACAAACCCUCGGCAAUUGGUCCGCAAACUCUUCGGAUUGCCGUUCAAACCAUUCAAAGGACAGACCACUGCAUCCAAACUCAAGAGAUAUAAUGAGCGACGGAUUUUGGGGUAUUCAAAGGAACAGUUGUAUGAAGUGGUGUCUCGUGUGGAAGACUAUCAUCUCUUCGUCCCCGCGUGUGUUAAGUCCCAAGUGAUUGAGCGCCACAACACAUACCUGUCCGCUGAGCUCGAGAUCGGGAUUCCGCCACUUAUUUGGGAGAAAUACACCUCAAGAGUGCUUCUCUCGAGACCUCAUUCAGUGACCGCCAAAUGCAUCGACGGAAAGCUCUUCAGGUAUCUCGAGACCAAUUGGCGGUUCAGCGAUGGCUUGCCUCGCAAUAAGCAGAGCUGUUGCUUGGAUUUCAGUGUUGAGUUUGAGUUCAGAUCUUUAAUUCACUCGCAAUUGGUUCACGUCUUCUUCGACGAAAUGGUCCGCAAGACUGUCAAUGCGUUUCUCAAGAGAGCGGAACAAUUAUCUUUAAUUCACUCGCAAUUGGUUCACGUCUUCUUCGACGAAAUGGUCCGCAAGACUGUCAAUGCGUUUCUCAAGAGAGCGGAACAAUUGUAUGGCAAACAAAGUCUUCCCCCGAUGUCUAACCCCUUAACUCAUAAAACAUAA